GUGCUGGAAGCAGGCGGGAUGCAACGCGGCGGCAGCUUGGCGCUGGGGCUCCUCUGCUGGCUGGUGGCCGAGGUGGCCUCCUACACACCCUGGGACUUCUCCUGGGGGGCGCGGGGGGACCCCUCCGCCUGGUCCUGGGGGGCCGAGUCCCACUCGCGGGCCGUGCCCGGCUCGCAGCCCGUGAUGGUGCAGUGCCAGGAGGCGCAGUUGGUGGUGACGGUGCACAGGGACCUCUUCGGCACCGGGCGCCUCAUCAACGUGGCUGACCUGACGCUGGGCCCGGCAGCAUGCAAGCACUCCUCGCUCAACGCCGCCCACAACACCGUCACCUUCGCCGCCGGCCUCCACGAGUGCGGCAGCGUCGUGCAGGUGACGCCGGACGCCCUCAUCUACCGCACACUCAUCAACUACGACCCCAGCCCCGCCAGCAACCCCGUCAUCAUCCGCACCAACCCCGCCGUCAUCCCCAUCGAGUGCCACUACCCCAGGAGGGAGAACGUGAGCAGCAAUGCCAUCCGGCCCACCUGGGCUCCCUUCAGCUCCACCUUGUCGGCCGAGGAGAGGCUGGUGUUCUCCCUGCGCCUCAUGAACGAGGACUGGAGCGCAGAGAGACCCUUCACCGGCUUCCAGCUGGGUGACAUCCUCAACAUCCAGGCGGAGGUCAGCACCGAGAGCCACGUGCCCCUGCGGCUCUUCGUGGACAGCUGCGUGGCCGCCCUGAGCCCCGACGGCGACUCCUCGCCCCACUACACCAUCAUCGACUUCAACGGGUGCCUGGUGGACGGGAGGCUGGAUGACACCAGCUCUGCCUUCAUAACCCCCCGGCCGCAGGAGGACAUGCUGCGGUUCAGGAUCGAUGUGUUCAGGUUCGCGGGGGACACCAGGAACCUGAUCUACAUCACCUGCCACCUGAAGGUGACGCCGGCAGACCAAGCCCCAGACCCCCAGAAUAAGGCUUGCUCCUUCAAUAAAGCCAGAAACACCUGGGUGCCGGUGGAAGGCACCCUGGACAUCUGCAGCUGCUGUGAGACGGGCAAUUGUGAGCCCCCCGCACUCUCCCGGAGGCUCAACCCCCUGGAGCGAUGGCCCGGCCGCCGCUUCCGUCGGGAUGCACCUGAGGGGAAAGAGAUUGAAGCUGACGUGGUCAUCGGCCCCGUGCUGCUCUCGGCGGACCCAGGAGCCAUUGGAGAGCAGCGGGAGGGAGGGGACGGUGCAGCGGUGACGGCGCCCGGCGCAGGGACGGGGCUGGUGUGCGUGGCCGUGGCCGUGGCCGUGGCGCUGGCUGCGGUCGCCGUGGCCGUGGGCAUCGCGCGGAGGGGCUGUGCCCGCGGUUCUGCCGGGGCGUGA